CCGACAUCAAUUCAAGCCAAUUUGUCUUUUAACAAUGUAAUGUGACUUAAGCAAUAAUGGGAGGAAAAUGAAAUAAAAUCGUGAAAGCUUUUCCACAUUGUCCUAAAACUGAUUUGUUGCAUGUCAAUACGGCGUUACAUUGGCACAAGACAUUCAUAAAUAUCAUUGCAGAUGAUUUGCUACUGAUGUGAUCUCGACACGCUAAUAUAGACGCAUCGGCGAACAUUUAUUACCGAAAUAUAAGAUGGAUUUAGUUUUCUUAUCAUACGUAUGAAAUAGUUCUCUUGGUAUAUUUUGCAUUGGAUGAUAUCUGGAAUCUGACAAAACGAAUGGCAUCAAGUUAAGAUAAUUAUAAAUCACACUAAUACCGUGUCUAGAAGAAAGUUUUGCUUAUAAGAUCGACGGAUUGAGACAAGGUGGAAUAAGUCAAUCCUCGUUUUAUUUCGCUUAGAUAUAUUGUACUACUAGAGUGAAUCUUCGAGUAAAGACAUCGUAGAUUGUAUCAAAAUGAAACAGACAGAAAGUCGCUUUAUCAGAAAAUGAGCUUAUAGUAUACGGGAGAUAUGCCACGUUGAUUUGUAUUUCUUGGAAAGACCUUGAUUAUGUGUGCAACAAAAGUGGAUUUUCAGUGUGCGGAUGACAAAUAAAAUUUACUGCAAAAUGAUCGGUUAUGGGUUUUAAAAUCUACAAAAUGACAUUAGGGCUAUUUUUAUUCUCCUUUUACAUUCUCUCAGUAAUUACUUUUCAUCUGAAUCAGUAGUCAGUCUACACGUUAUCAUAAUUUUACAGAAAUGGUUACCUUGUCACCUACAAGUAACCAUACAUACAGUCUGGACAAAUGAUUACCCUGAAGAACGCCAAGUCCUUUAAUUGACUUUGAAUUAGUUUCCUGAUACUUGUUGAUUUGAAAAAUGAGAUCAAAUUUUGUCAUUGUGCCGACAUAACUCGAACUCUGUUUAGACUUUUAUGGAAAAUGUAUCCUGAUGGUAACAAAAUACUUUCGAGGAAAGAAUAAAUGCACCUGAAUAUUCAGCCAGUUAGAGCAAAGUUAAAGGCCUUGACUUUGGUAAAAUGGGUUGUUGAAACUACCUUUUACACAGACAUUAGGUUUUAUGGGACUGAAGAUGUGCACCUGCAAAUCUAACAUUUGAUUGAAAUCAUUGGAUUUACAUUUGGAGAUUUCCUGUACCAUCACAGAAAAAAUGCCAAUGGAACAGAAAAAAAAUGGAAUGUAAUAUCAAGAAUGCAAUUUACAGAACAUAUCUGUAAAUAUUGAAACUAUUAAUGUAAAGUGACAAAUUACGUUAUUAUUUCUUGGAAAAUUGAGCUAUGAUUAUGUCAUGUCUAAAUGAUGGAGUACUUGAUUAGAACAUCCUUUCGUGCUGCACUGCUAUUCUGCAUGUCUGGGGAAAUGUUUUCAUUGGCAAUGGACGAGAGGUUGUUGGUGCACUGUUCGCAAACGGCUGCAAACAAGCACGGGUUUGAAGCUCAUGAUAUACGCCCAUCACGUGCAAACGCUUCUGCGUUCACAGAACCACCUGCAGAUGCCAGUGAAAUGACAGUACAGUUGUGUCCAAACAACACACUACUUAAAUUCAGCUGGAAAAUGAAUCGAAGUCAAGGAAUUGAAAUGAAGCUUUGCUACAAGAUAAAAUCUGUAUUAAAUGGAGAGCUGUUAUAUUCCAUCUGUGUCAAAUUUUACGUCCAAUACUCGACGCGUCGUUUGUUUAUGACAUGUUGGUUUCCAAUGGAUUAUCUAUCUUAUAGACCCAUAAUCAGUGCACUGGCAACAUCUGUACAGGGUGCCCAAGACCUGAAUUACUAUGGUGAACUAAACACCGCUAGACUAGAUCCUACAAACAGCUGUAAAGAUGUCUGUGAAGUUACUGUGAUGGAAAUAAAGGCACUGAUUUCCUGCAAAGAUAAAUCAUCUAUCUUAUAUGAUGAAAGUGUUAUAGUAAAAACAUUGUCCUUCGAUGCGAUCGAUUCCAACUCCUGUACAGACGCUUCAAUAUAUAUUUCUACACAGACAUCAAACAAAUUGGAGUACACACUUAAUUGUACACACGAUGGUAUAGGACAUGUAAAAGUACUAUACAGCAUACGCGGACAUUAUUGCUUUAAAUACCAAACCGUUAGAGUAAUUUGUGGAACGACACCCACAACAUCAGCUUUAUCUGCCACACCAGAGCCCGAUGUUGACGAUUUCCAGACGUUUGUGAUCUUUGGGCUUGUUUGUAUGAUCGUCAUCACUCUCAUCGUAGUCAUUAUUAAUUUUGUUGCACAAAGGCUAAAAAUCUUUUUGGACUCUCGCAGGCGUUUCAACGGUGACUUAGCCAAUAGACAUGGAGUUGAAGGAAUCCCACUACAGACUAAUAACUCAAAGCAGCGUGAAGAAAGCGUCGGCUCGUCUUCAAGUAUUGUUGAUCUUGCUACACAAGUACAAAAGGCAAUGAAGCGAGAAUACAUAAAACGGGUAGAUUCGGUGUCUUCCGACGGUCAAGGUCAGCCAUCGUCUACUUCUUCCUCGAUACGAAGACAAAAUGUUCGAAAACUUCAUAGGUGUAUGACAAUAGCACUACUGGAAAGAACUGAGUCGUUUUAUAGAAAGAAAAUUCUGUUUCUUCCGUCCCCCUUUGAUACUUUCAGUCGGGAUGCUACGAGUUUGUUAAAAGCAGUUUUCACACUCGAAUUGAGCAUUCCUACCCAGUGCUGUUUUGACCGAGACGUUUAUCAGAAAUAUAUGACCUGUGAUAAAACCAACUGGAUAGAAACCGUUCUUAGCGAUUAUGACAGAAUAGUCAUAUUUCUCUGUUUCACAACAAUUCAUGGUGAAGCAAGAGGUAGGCCAAUGGUAGAAGAUAUGUUAGAGCAACUACAUAUAUCAAAAAGCAAACCACUUUGUAAAGUGACAUUCCUUCAUCUAACAGAUAGCUCUGAAAAUUUUGAAAGCAAUCACCAUGGUGACAGCUUUCAUCUGAGUGAUAAAGACUCGUACGAAAGCUUUAUUUCUGAGAUGCUUAGUUACUGUGGAAGAAAUCCGGACACAGAACCAGAUCUUUUAUAUAGAUUAACAAAUUGCGAAACUUCGAGACACUUUCUACGCUUCAUUGGAAUAAAAAGCAUUCUGUAAUUUUAGUCUGUUAAUAACAGCAUAACAUCAGUUUGGUGUUGGUAUUAUAUGUUUUUGUAUUAUAUACCUGUAUAAAUUCUGUAAGAAAGUAUGUCUUGUAUUUCUAAAGGCAGAAAACAAAUUCCGCCUCGUAUCGUCCUGAGUGGACUACUUUCUUUACUUAGGGGGACUACUUUCUUUACUUGAUAUUUAUUAUCUGAAUCAGUUCUAAAUGUAUAAAAAGCGCACAGAAACACUCGGUUCUAUGUUUACAUCGGUAAACCUUUAAGAUGUUCAUUGUUCAUUGGUAGAAAAGCAAAGAACAAACAAAAAGGUACAGGUAAAUAAUAAAAGGGUCAUUAUUACAGAAACUUGAUCUGGGAUUAUGUAUCUGGCAGUCGUGGAUUUAUCCAGACUGAGGUACUUUCAGCAUCGUAGAUCAAGCUACUAUUAUAAAAAAAUCUUUUUAUAAUGGUCCUUUCCUAAGUUCACCGGUAGGCAAAUGUAUGUUAUUAUCGCUUUUGCUUCAUGACUUGCGGAUAUAUUGUUAACAAAACGUAUACCAGUAUGAAAAUUCGGCCUGCAAUGGUCAUGCGCCGUGUCUGUAAUGUUUGAAAUCUGGUAUUUCAUAAUAUAGGAGCAGCACCGCACCAAUUCAAAACUUCAGACUUGUAAAAAAGUGCUGAGACCAGUACCAUCAUUUAUUCUUAAAUUUGUUAUAUUAUUACUCAUUAAAACCGUUUGAAGUACAUGACGUUAAGAUUUUAACGUAUAUGGAAACAAUUUUAUAAAAUAUUGUGUACAUAUAUUCAAGUUAAAGGUGAUUACAGGCAAAUAAUAUAAAAUAUAGUUUUAUUUACCGUAAACAUCAUGAAUUAACACGUUCUCUAAAAUUUAAGGGACAUUGUAAUAAUCCGAACACAUACUGUUGGUCUCUUUGAAGAAAAAUUUGCAUAUAGUAAAUUAUGUUUUUUUUUUGUUAAGAUAAUUUAAAUAUUCUAACUCUUAAGACAUGGUAAACAGGAGGCAAUAAAAUGCAGUAACUUGUC